AGUCGCCGUGUUUUUCUAUCGUACAAAAAUUAAAAUAAAUACAAAAUGUACACAGAAGUGGAUGUAUUCGUUAGUAAUUACACUCUAAUAGACCCUGAAAUAUACCAGCUAUGGAUAGAAGGUUGCUCAUCAAGUGAAGCGGUGUCCACGCUGCACCAGCGCGCUCGCCAAGCAGAUGGGCGCUCCGUGGAGCUCAUCGCCAGCGAUGUGCUGGAUCACUACAGGACAUUCGCACUUCUAGAGCGACUCCUCACAGUGCCGACCAAGCUGUCCGAGCAGAUGGUGUUCCAGAUCGACGAGGCCACCAAACAGAUGCUCAUUGAGAAGUAUUACGAGUUGGACGACGCAGUGAUCAGAGAGCUGCUCGGGCGAAAACUCUCGUCGCGGCACCGGAAAGACUUGGACGAGGUGGCGGAGCGCUCCGGCGCGCCGCUGCGUUGCUGCCGGCGGCAGUUCGAUAACGUGCGUCGCGUAUUCCGGGGAGUCGAGGAAAUGCCCGGCAACGUCGUCGCUAACAUCAGAUCUACGUUCUUAUUGUCGGAGCCGUUGGCCAAGAAGUACGGCGCCGUAGUGUUCAUAGCGUGUAUGCGGUUCGAGACCACCAAACGGAAGUUACAAUAUCUCUGCUUCAACGACUUCUACCACUGCGCUCAGUCAAUAAUGACGAGCUGGACUUAUUCGUGCACCGGCCCAGAGUAUUACGACACGGAGAUGGACCGCGAGUUCCUGCUAGAACUCAGGGAGCUCAGGAUCCUGCUGGACAAGGAGAAAGAACACAAACACUUGAUAUGUAUGCGUCUCAAACCUAAGCUGUUGGAGAAGUCAUAUCAGGAGCUGGAGCUAAACUUCAGGUUAUACACCCGAGCCCUGGUGGGUCUGGCGUGCAACCUGCACCGCGGGAGGGAACUGAGAUCACUCUUCAUCGAUCUGCUGGAGAGGUGUGUGGAGCCCCUGCGGGCGGGCGGCUGGCCGCGCACGGACUUGGCCCAGUUCCUGAGCGCGUACGAGCAGUGCGCGCUGCAGAUGGACGUGCUCAGAGAAGCGGAUUUGAAGAGCGUCUGGGAGAGAUACAUGAAGGUGGUCAGUCAGUGCUUACUGACGAUGUAUCAUGCUUAAAAAACCUGGAAGAGACAGUUUUACUACUUGACACUAUUAGUUGCUUUUACAAACUUUUUCAACCGUUGAGUACAGAAAAGCUGGGGAAUAUUACCUAUAUAGAUCUAAACACGCCACUGGCAAAAACAGUCAAUAAACUACCUUAGAGUGCACCAUUGUUAUAUUUAUUCGUAUAAUUAGGCCAGGCUAAGUUCGCAGUGAUUUUAAUACUAUAGAUUACCUAGUGUUCAUUUUAAAAGUUGCGCAGUCAAACCGUCAAAUCUCUCGUAGGUUAGGAUGGCUCUAACAAAUAAUCCGUGAAGUCAAGUCUUAUCGAUACCCUUUUUUGUUUUCGCCUAAUUUCUAGUAAAUAGAUAUUACCACACGGCCACAUUAUAAGUUCAUGUUUUUAUUUUUUCGGAUUAAAAUACUUAAUUUUAAAAUUGUGUAAGAAAAAUGAGAAACAAUUUUUAAUUAGAAAUAGUCUAUAAACUCACAGAACAUAUCCAUAAAUAAGGCGUCAAAUAAAAAAAAACUUGAAUUUUUUUUUAUUGACAUUGGUUUUUUAGACUAAAAUUAGCAAUAGGAUAGUAUGCGUGAGAGAUAAAAUAGAUGUAAGAUAUGAGAUAAAUGUAUGUUGAUUAUUUAUUGUAAACUUUUUGAGUAUUUUUAGAAAUAUAUUCUGUUUUUUCAAAUA